UAAAAAAAACCCUCGUCGAUGACUUUGCUCAUAAAAACCAGAAACCCCCAAAUCAAAAUCAAACGAAAUUGCAAGAAAUGGGAAGCAACCAAGCCGCAGUCUCUUUCUUAACCAACCUCGCACGUGCCGCCUUGGGUCUCGGCGCUGCCACCACUGUCCUAAACGCCUCCAUGUACACGGUAGACGGUGGCCAAAGAGCUGUGAUCUUUGACCGUCUAAGGGGAGUAUUGGAUGAAACGGCGGACGAAGGCACCCACUUUUUGAUCCCAUGGCUACAGAAGCCUUUCAUCUACGAUAUCCGUAUGAAGCCCCACACUUUCUCAUCUGUUUCUGGAACAAAGGAUCUGCAAAUGGUUAAUCUUACUCUUCGAGUUCUUUCUAGACCUAAGGUGGAUAAGCUUCCUGAAAUCUAUCAACGCCUUGGUCUUGAGUAUGAUGAAAAAGUGCUUCCCUCAAUUGGCAAUGAGGUGUUGAAAGCUGUGGUUGCACAGUUCAAUGCUGAUCAGCUUCUCACUGAGCGUCCCCAAGUGUCAGCAUUGGUCCGAAAUUCACUGACCCAACGAGCAAAGGACUUUAACAUUGAGCUAGCUGAUGUGGCUAUUACACAUUUGUCAUAUGGAGCUGAAUUCUCCAGGGCAGUGGAGCAGAAGCAGGUGGCUCAACAGGAGGCAGAGCGUUCCAAGUACAUUGUGAUGAAAGCUGACCAGGAGAGGAGGGCUGCUAUUAUCCGGGCGGAAGGUGAAAGUGAGGCUGCAAAGUUGAUUUCUGAAGCAACUGCAAGUACUGGUAUGGGGCUGAUUGAGCUAAGGAGGAUUGAGGCAUCUAGGGAAAUUGCUGCAACUCUUGCUAGGUCUCCUAAUGUGGCAUACCUGCCUGGUGGACAGAACAUGCUUCUAGCUUUGAAUCCAUCUAGGCCAUGAUGGCUGCUUGAAUUAUGGAUCUUAUGACUUGGAGUGAGGCUGGACAGGGUGAAUUUGCAUGUCUUUUGCCUUAUUGAUGGCAACAUUCUGGUUUUUGAAACCAUCUUAUUUGUCCAAAAAAAAAAGAAAGAAACUUUUAAGGACCAGAUGUUUAGCAUUAAAAAGUUUUUGAUGUUAAGUCGGAGAACAUGUGGCUUUUAGAUUUAGAUCAUAAGUAUAUUCAGACAUUUUAGAAUUUCAAAGAUGGUUUUGCUGCUUUAUGUGUUCAAUUCUUGGUUGUUUCCAAGUAUACUUAAAGCUUUUCCUUAAUCCUAUCUUGUUUGGUUCCCAUUGCUGAUAAAAAUUCUUCAAAGUUAUUUAAUAACAGAUGCUUGAUGUUCUAUUGGUCUAAAA